AUGCCGGCUGCAGUAAGCGAGUUGGCCCACCUGUCGAACUCCCUGGCCACUCCGGCACAGCUUGAGCACUCCUCGUCGUCGCUGGACGGCGUGCCAGAGGAGCUCGAGAGGUCUGUUCGAUAUGCUGGCGUGAAGCUCACACAGGCGGCCGGAGUCCUGGUCCAGCUUCCGCAGGAUGUCAUCGCCCAGGCGAUAGUGGUCUUCACCAGGUUCUGGGUCGGCCCCGAAGGCGGUAGUCUAGCCGUCUAUUCAGCGAAGGACAUCUCUGCGGCAGCUCUCUACAUGACGGCAAAGAUAUCGAUGUUUCCCGUCUCUCCUCGCUCGGUUCUGAAUGUGUAUACCUACCUGCUCUCUCCCACAGCGUCUCCUCUGUCCUUUGUCAAUCCAGAUGGGCCUCCCGAACACCCCAACCCAGAGACCUUCUACCUGUCCGAAGGCACAUACCAGGUCGAACGACAGAACCUGAUGAAGAUUGAGUCAGCCAUCUUACGAGCUUCCUCCUUUCACAUUCAGGUUGUCCUCCCCCAUACCAUCGCCCUCACCUACCUGCAGACACUCAAGGUCUCUUCUUCGUCCGUCGCGGCGCGUACCUUUGCACAUCUCAACGCUGCGUUAUUCUCGCCCCAGCUACUAUAUCUCACUCACCAGCCGAACGCGCUAGCCGUCUCUGCCAUCUAUCUCGCAGCAAGAGAACAAGGGGUUAAGGUAGUCGACAGUGAGUGGUGGGAGGUGUUUGAUGUCGAUCGAGAGGAGCUGGGCUUUCUAGUUGUUGCCAUGAGGAGUAUGGAAGGGUUUGCUAAGGCUGAACAUGAUUUCUGGCAGGGAAGGACGGUUCCUCUGACCGUUGGUGCUGUUGAACAGGAGGUCUCCCGGCGUCGGCAGGCCACUGCCACUGGAGAGUCAUAA